ACUCACUCAAAUAUGAUCAUUUGGUGUUUUCUCAAUGUCAAUAUUUUUCAUGCGGGGUGGAAAAUAGUGGGACAAGUGGAUGCUGAAAUGGGUAGAGGAAGGUGACAGGCACCAAGGAGUAGCAGAAUUAGUGGUGCAGACAAUAAUUCUUAAAUCCGGCUGUCAGUCCAUGGAGGAGCUGUUGUCUCACCCCCAAUACGAGCGACUCGUCGACCUCACCAGUACAGUUUGCCAUCAACUUUGUCACUACAUAAAGCAGAAGGUGCACGACAAUAAAUGCUUUGAUAAUACUGAUACAGAGCAUAUGAGAACACAGAAAAUAGAAUCCUCAAUGCAAGAACUUGUUCAAUUAGUACAGCAAAAUUCCUCAGACAUCAACUGGGAGUUCAAGCAAACAUUUCUUACGGUGGCACUGAGUUUUUACUAUGCCGUACACUGCGACUUGGAGACUACCAGUUUCCGCAUUGCUAAAGUACUCUUUGAGAAAGUACACUGA